ACUUACCCCCAGAAGACAGACUUUUAACUCUCUUAACGCCAUAGCUGCUUCCUGUUUUACAUUGACUUGCUCUUCAUUUGCACUUUUGGUUCUCUCCCCACUUCUCCUUAGCCUACUUGUCUUCAAUAUAUAUAUAUAUAUAUUAUAUAUUUUUAGGGGGACAAAGACGACUCCUGUUUACUUCGUCGGUGUUGGAAAGAUCUCAAACGAAGAAGGAACUGGGACUUAAUGAAAGGUCCUUGCUCACAUGGUGUGAUAAUAAUUGUGAUGAUGAGGCUAGUAGCUAAGUAGCGAAAGUAGCACCGCGCACUCCAGUCUCCAUCUUGGAACUACUGCGCGCGGUCACGUGACUCCUGCAAUUUUUUAUUAAUUUUUUUAUUUUUUUAAUAGUUCGCUGGAGAGCUCCACUCGAAGUUCGAACACAAAAGCCCUCCAACUCGCCUACGAAAUAUGUCGACUUUGUUCCCAAACUGAUGAGUACCAUCAUCGAUAUCGUGCACAGGAAGUACAUUCAAGGAAGUCCUUUUUGCAUUUUUUUUUUUUUUUGAGUGACAGCUGAGUGCCUGGUGACAGUCCACACGGGACGGCGUCCAGCCCGCACAGCCGAGCCGAUACUCAACAUGGCAGGUCUAUCUUUAUACUUCGAAGACGGCCAUGACGAUCUAGAUGAUUUUGGAUUCGACGACUAUGGAUCAGAAUGCGACAGCAUCCGCAUCACGGCCUUCCUCGACGCAGGCCAGGACAACUUGACGCCGCUCGGGAGGCUAGAGAAGUACGCUUUCAGUGAGAAUGUUUUUAACAGGCAGAUCGUGGCUCGCGGGCUGCUCGAUGUGCUUCGUGAGUUCAGCGAUAAUGAAAAUGACUUCAUCAGUGUCAUGGAGACAGUUGGCAGAAUGUCAGAAGAUGGAGAGCCGACCGUGCGAGCCGAGCUGAUGGAGCAGGUCCCCAACAUCGCCAUGUUUUUACACGAGAGUCGGCCCAACUUCCCUGCCGCGUUCUCCAGAUACUUGGUACCCAUUGUAGUCCGGUACCUCACCGAUCCCAACAACCAGGUGCGAAAGACCAGCCAGGCGGCACUGCUGGUGCUGCUGGAGCAGGGCCUCAUCUCAAAGGCCGACAUGGAGACCAAAGUUUGUCCAGUUCUGCUGGAUCUCACAGAACCCAGCAGCGACGACGAUUACAAGAUUGAGGCGGUUGCUAUAAUGUGUAAAGUGGUGACCAUGUUGAGCAAAGACACAGUGGAGCAUCUCUUACUGCCACGCUUCUGCGACCUGUGCAGUGACACCAGACUCUUUCAAGUGCGCAAGGUCUGCGCAGCCAAUUUUGGAGAAUUCUGUUCAAUUGUGGGUCAGGAGGCCACAGAAAAGCUACUGAUUCCCAAGUUCUUCGACCUGUGCUCAGACAGCCUGUGGGGCAUCAGGAAAGCCUGCGCUGAGUGCUUCAUGAUGGUCUCCAAUUCGACCUCACCUGAAGUGCGACGUGCAAAGUUGUCUCCGCUCUUCAUCAGCCUCAUCAGCGACCAGUCCCGCUGGGUGCGGCAGGCUGCUUUUCAGUCUCUGGGCCGUUUCAUCUCCACCUUCGCCAACCCGGCCAGCGCAGGCUUCCACUUCAGAGAGGACAACGGGCUACUUGAUGUUUCCAGGUGCACGUCAGACAGCGACUGCUCCUUGAACAUCAGCAUCGACAUCAGCAGCCACCGCAUGGAACGAACAAUCGCUCACACGCCUCCCAACCAAGAUGGGCGUGCCACGCCGUCGCCGGAGCACAUCCCGGCGGCCGAGGAGAUGAACUACGACGACAACAACCACAGCUUCGCUCACGGAGAGGCGCUCGACAGCUUGCUGCGUGUCGGCAACAACGCCAGGAACGCCAAAGAGACGACGCAGGCAGACGAGAACUUUAACUCCUUCCACUUCUGGAGACCUCCUCUACCGGACAUCAGCGGCGAACUGGAGCUGCUCAGCUGUCAAAUGGGGGACAUGAUUGACAAGAAGAGGAAAGAGACGCAGAAAGAAGCGGAAGAUUUCGGAAGCGCUCCAGGUUCCAAGGCCAGCCCUGGUAAGCCUACCAGCGACCAGAUCCAGAUGGUCUUAGACUGUUUGCAGCCGCACAUGGACGACCCGGAUGUCCAAGCUCAAGUUCAGGUCUUGUCAGCGGCUCUGAAGGCCGCUCAGCUCGACAGCCCGUCCGACGACGGUCCCACGGAAAGCCAGCCGAUGGAGCCACCUGCUGACAGCGACCCCGACAGCCCGCCUGUUGAGAGCAAAUCAGUGGAGGUUCAGGCCGAGGCCCCAGAGGGUCUCGCUAAAGAGAAGCAAACGACAGAAAGCCUUUUUGCCCCCGAGACGUGCCCGAUCCAGGAGCAAGGAGAUGAGGAGACACAAACGGAACCCCUGGAAGAUCGGGAAGAGUCGCCACCUGACUCUCCAGUUCUGGUGUCUAAGCUAAUUGAAAGUGUGGAGGAAGAGGGAAAAGAUGACUCAAUGUGUGAAGACAAGCCUAAAGUCCAGAAUGUUAUCCCGCAGCAGCUGUUGGAUCAGUACCUCUCCAUGACGGACCCGGCGCGGGCUCAGACGGUGGACACGGAGAUAGCCAAGCACUGUGCCUUCAGCCUGCCCGGCGUGGCACUCACUCUGGGCCGACAGAACUGGCACUGCCUCAAGGACACCUACGAAACGUUGGCCGCUGAUGUCCAGUGGAAAGUGCGCCGCACGCUGGCGUUCUCCAUCCACGAACUGGCGGUCAUCCUGGGGGACCAGCUGACUGCGGCAGAUCUGGUUCCCAUCUUCAACGGCUUCCUCAAAGACCUGGAGGAGGUCCGCAUCGGCGUCCUCAAGCACCUCUACGACUUCCUCAAGUUGCUCCAUGCGGACAAGAGGAGGGAAUACUUGUACCAGCUGGAGGACUUCAUGGGGCCCGAAAACGGGCGCAACUGGAGGUUCCGAUACGAGCUGGCAGAGCAGCUGAUCCUGAUCAUCGAGUUGUACAGCCACUACGACGUGUACGACUACCUCAGGCAGAUCGCGCUCACGCUCUGCUCCGACAAGGUCUCUGAAGUCAGGUGGAUCUCCUACAAGCUGGUUGUGGAGAUCCUCCAGAAGUUGUACUCAAGUGGUGCCGAUGAUUUAGGCGUGAACUUCAUCAACGAGCUCACCGUCAGGUUCUGCCAUUGUCCCAAGUGGGUGGGGCGGCAAGCCUUCGCCUUCAUCUGCCAGGCGGUGGUGGAGGAGGACUGCAUGCCCAUGGAGCAGUUCAGCCAGCACCUCCUGCCCAGCCUGCUCAGCCUCUCGUCAGACCCGGUGGCCAACGUGCGAGUGCUGGUUGCUAAGGCCCUGCGACAAAGCAUCAUGGAGAAAGCCUACUUCAAGGAGGCGGGCUGCGUCUCCUCGGACGAGCUGGAAGAAACCGUCAUGGCGCUGCAGUCGGACAAGGACCGGGACGUGCGCUUCUUCGCCAGGUUUGACCCCAGCAAAGGCCAGACCGUGGACACUGCGCCCCUCAUCUAGCCUCCGGACCACCCACCCACCUCUCUCUUUACCAGCACAACCGAUCCGGACCCCCACAACUCACCCAACCUCACCUCACGACUGCUAACAGAAAAGCACGAACCCACGUCGUUCGUUCUGUGGCGGACACGCCACACAAAAGCAGUUUUCAGGAAAUGAGCAGGACUCAAUUUUGUUUUGUUUUUCUGCACACUAACAAGCUUGACUCUCCAAAGCUAACUGAGCUUCGUUAGCUCAGU